UGAAGCUAGCGCCAACUGAAAAGAAGCAGGAUGACACAUAAAAAACCAAAAACAGGGCCUCAUACGUUUCCACUUUGACCAACAUCGUGAAACAAAUCUGUGAACAGCGAAAACAAACUAUGGGAAAUUAUGAAUUGUUGCGAGUCCCUCCGUCCCUUCUUGCCUAGCGCGACAAUGGUGGCCAAAGAAUCUGGCUGCGGAGGCAGUACAUAGCAGCCACCAUGGGCCAUGGAAGAACGACCCAGCGUCGAGUCCCUGGAGGACCUCGAGCAGAGCCGAGCAAGAGAAGCAGAGGACGAUGGAGUCGAGGGUGCAGCGCGGAUGGAGGGAGGAGCUCUGGAGGUGCCGGGGACGGAGGACCCGGAGGGGGAGGCCGCUGCGCGUCCACGACCUCGAGGACCUCCAGUGCCCCCGGGGCAGGCGGGAACCCAGGCUGCGGCUGCUUCCAGGACCAAGUGCCCGUGCUCCGGCUGCAACUACGAGUGCUGUCUCCUGGCACGGCAGCACGGCCAGCCCCUGGACGUGGACGCCAUCGCCAUGGAACUGCGCCUUUUCGUCGCCAGCCAGGAGCGCAUGAUGCUGGACGUACGGCGCUACCGGGAGCAGCGCGCCGAGGCGGCGGAUCACGACGCGGGCGCCGUGCCCGGUGACAGCUCCGCGGACCCGUACCACGCCGUGGCCAGCAGCCUGGACGACCUGGCGCAGCGCGCGACCACCGAGUCCUGCGAGCACCUCGCCUACACCUUGGGCGAGCUGGUGCUCCUGCGGGCCACCCUCGGGCCCGUGGUGGACACGGUGCUCGUGUCGGGGCUGCACCGGCUGAGGGACCUGCGCCGGCGCACGGGCACCCCGCAGGGCGGCGGCAGCCCGGCGGCGGGGGGGUCCAUGUCCUCGACCGGCUCCAUCAUGCCCAUGAGCGCGCACGAGACGCAGCACAGCCACAGUGGCGGGGCUCACAGCGGCGGCCACCCCUCCAGAGCCCGCUUCGUCACCUUCCCGUCGGAGGCGGCGCCCGACAGCCGCCUGGCGGACGAGUGGCGCGCCGUGCUCGGACGUGGCCGCGACACGUCCACGCCGAGGCAGCGCCCCUACGCGUCCGAGUGCAUCAAGCCGCGGCCCACCUUCUCGUCCGAGUGCAUGGGCUCGGCGCCCUUCUCCGCCCACGCGGUGCCGGGGCCCCAGCGGGCGCACUCCGCCUCGGACGUGGCCUCUCUGGCGUCCGCGACGAGCCCCCGCGCGCUCAGCCUGCUGGAGGCGACCCGCUCCACCACCGGUUCGGCGCGCAGGUCCACGUCGGCCUCCAUCGUCCAGCGGUCCCGCUCUCGGUCGCGGAUCACCCUCGCUUCCCUGGGCGCAAUCGCGGGCGUGACGGGGGUCGGCGGCCUGGGCAGUCAGCCCUCCGUCGACUCUGGACUGGUGCAGAGUGGCACCAGCGGGGCGAGCUAUCCGCCAAGCGCGCAGAGCGGCGGCGCCGAGGGCCUGGACGACUCUGGAGACGUGCUGCGGGACGCGGCCAAGUCCCUGAGCCUGGAAGGCGACAGGUCCCGAGAUCCGUUCAGAGAGGACCGCGGGACGUGCGCCUUCUUCGGCAGCAGUCGCCGGCCCAGUGGUGACCGUGAACGCGAGUCCCGCGCUUCGGUCCCUGGACCGCCGGAGGCUGAACUCACGUUCCCCCUGGGAGAUGGCCUGGGCGACGUAGAGGGAAACGUCUGGCUGGACUCGGACCUCGCGGAAGCGAACUUGCCACUCCCCGAGCCCAUAUCUCUCGAGGACGACGACGAGGACCUGAGGGCUCUCAAGGAGGAGAUCGAGCGCAAGGCGGCACCCACUUCUGCGCCGGCCAAAGAGUUGUACACCGCGCAGGUGGCGCCGCAGAAGAGCGAGGUUCAGCUCGUGCCUGACGGGGAGGGUGCGGCCGACGCCGAGCAGCGCUGGGCCAGGCUGGAGGAGGACGAAGAGGACGAGGAGCGGGAGGGGCAGGCUGACGUGGCGCGUACCCAGAGCAUGAUGAGAGUCAGAGGGGUCUCUCCUGGUGACCAACCAGAGCCUGAGGUUCGAGACUCCGCCCCCAUCAUGUCCCCGAGGACGUCCUCCGAGGCUUUGGGUUACCGCAUGGAUGAGGUGGCGGACGAUACCGCCGUAGGGUCGGUGCUGCCCGGGUCUCCGGCGGCAGUGGACGGCGAUCAAAGGGGGAAGACCGACGCGCCACCUGCGGGGGUCGUGGGAGAAGCGGGCCAGGCCCCGGAGAGAGAGCCGGCCGGCGCAGACGACUCGGAGCGUCGGCCAGAGGCAGCCUCAACAGCGGCACUAGACGGGACUCCGGCAGCUGCGGGCGCGCGAGCGACUGUGGCCGACGAGACCGCCGACCAGCCGGCAGCUCGGAAGUCAGACACAAGCCCGACAGCUGUCCCAGCUGGGGCCCCCACAGCUGCGGGCGCGCGGACUGGAAUUGACGACUCCGGAGACGAGACAGCGCGCACAGCGGCUGCAGAGGCGACCCCCGGCGAGAGGCCUCGGACCGGCGAGUCUGCCACCGAGCGGGAGGCGGAGGCGGUCGCGAGGGCUAGGGACCGCGCCGCGGUGGCCGUCGCUUCGGGCAGCGGAGGUGUGGGCCCGACUCUGGUCAGGAUCGUGUCGAGCCCGUUCCAGAUCGCCAGGGCCCUGCUGGGACCCGCGGUGCACUUCAGGCCCCCCUCCAAGGACGCGAUACCGCGCUGCCAUCAGGCGCUGCAGCAGGCUCGAGCGCAGCCCGCCCCCUCGCCGUCGCCCUCCGGACCCUCGCUCGACUUCCUGCGCGGCGGUUUCCGCUGGCCGGACCUCGGCUUCGUGUUCGGCCGCACCAUCCACCAGGCCGCGGCCGACUCGAUCCGCGAGAUGACGGCGACGGAGGCCCAGCGCCGGCCCAAGGUCCGCGGCCGGUCGUGCUCCCGCAUCAGCGCCGUGCCCUCUGUCCCCGAGCAAAACUCGUCGAGCGAAGAAUAGACAAGAUGCACAAGGAAAGUAAGAAUGAAUGAAAGAUUCGUAAGAAAAAUAUUGUAUUCCGAAUAUUUUAUUUUGCUUUAUUGACCAGACAACGUUGGAGAGUUACAGUUAUUUAAGUUAAAGAUGUGUUUAUUUACAAACAUUUUUCUACCUAUAUUAUUUAAACUAAAUAAAGAUAGUACGCUCCAGGCGUACACCGCUUACUGAAGAAUU